AUGGAGAAAGAUGGAUUGUUAGAAGUGGAUCUAGAAAUUGAGGAAACCAAGGACCAAGAUGAAGAAGUGGUACUACCAUCUGUCAAGGAGAAAGAAAAGGUUCCAAAACCAGUCAUCAAACUCCCUUACCCUCCAAGACAGAAGAAGAAAGAUCAACAUGAAAAAAAAUUCGAGAGGUUCCUGGAAAUGUUCAAAAAGCUGGAAAUAAACAUCCCUUUUUCUGAGUGCCAUUCUCCAAGGUAUGAAAUCCCAGUGAAAAAGAAAGACAGGGGAUCAGCAAGUGCAAGCUUGAUGCCACUAUCCAUCUAUAAGAAAUUAGGCAUUGGCACCGUUCAAGAUAUGCGAAUGACACUUCAGUUUGCGGAUCGCUCUGUUAGGCAACCCUAUGGGAUUGUGGAAGACGUUCUUGUAAAAAUUGACAAGUUUGUUUUCCCAGUUGACUUCGUCAUUUUGGAAAUGCCCAAAGAUGAGGAGAUUCCUCUCAUAUUGGGCAAACCAUUCUUGGAAACAGGACGAUGUAUGAUAGACAUCGAGGAAGGAACAAUGACCCUCAAAGUCUAUGAUGAAGAGUUAAAAAUAGAUGUGAGGAACACAAUGCAAUACAAAUAUGAUAUUGGCACAAGCCACACUAUAGAGAUAAUAGAUCAAGUAUUUACUCAAGAAAUUGAAAAGCAUAUACCCAGUCAUCAUUAG